UAGUAUGAGACAGUAGUGUCUCCCCUCUCAGAAGAAGAAACCGCUCCAAAAUCAAUUGGUGAGCGUGGAGAACAGGACAAAGAAUUGAGGACAGCACUGUCUCACAAGAUGUUCACUCCAGUGUCCAGUGAAGCCCCCUCCAUGUCUGCUGAAACUAAAUCCCUGAAAACCACUGAGGAAGUGGCUCUUCAGUUCUCCUUGCUUUUCCUGGUUUGGGUUGGGACUGUGGCCAACAUCUUUCUGUUUUUCCACAACUUCUCUCCAGUCUUCACUGGCAUCCAGAUGAAACCCACACAGGUGAUUCUCAACCACAUGGCUGUGGCCAAUGCCUUGAUUCUCCUCAUUAUUGGGUUUCCAAAACACAUGGUGGUUUUUGCCCCACGCAAUAUUAAGACCGAUCUCAGAUGUAAACUUGAGUACUUCAUGCACCUGGUGGCUCGAAGCACAAACCUGUGCACCACCUCGGUCCUGAGCACCUAUCAGUUUGUCACUCUUGUUCCUGGCAACUGGGGUAGAGUCAUGAUCAGAGGAAGGGUCCCAAAUCUGGUGAGUUAUUCUUGUUACAGUUGUUGGGUGUUCAGCGUCGUGAAUAAUGUCUACAUUCCAAUGAAAGUCGCCGGUCCACAGGAAACAGACAAUGACACUGUUUCUAGAAGCAAGUUGGUCUGUUCCACCUCUGCCUUUGGUGUAGGCAUUGUGCUCUUGCGUUUUGCCCAUGAUGCCACAUUCAUCAGCAUCAUGGCCUCCGCCAGCCUCUGCAUGGUGCUCCUCCUACAUAGACAUCACCAGCGGACAAAGCACAUCCUCACUCACAUCCAGGACCACAGAGUUCACGCUGAGACCAGAGCAGCCCACACCAUCCUGAUGCUGGUUGUCACGUUUGUUAGCUUUUACCUCCUAAAUGUUAUUUGUAUCAUCUUACAUACUUUUUUAAUGGACUUUCGUCUCUGGAUAAGACAUGUAUGUGAAGUUUUGGCUGUAAGCUUCCCCACUGUCUCUCCCUUUCUGUUGAUCUUGAGAGAUCCUAAGGAUCCUUGUUCUGUGCUCUUCCACCAUUAG